UUUCCCACCGGGGCCCCGGAGGGAGGCAGAAGCUCCCAGGGCACUGGCUCUCCCGCUGCAGGGCUCACGCAGCUCCUGCCGGCACUGCCUGCCCGAGAGCCCCGCUGCCCGAGGGUCGCUCCGGCGGCGAGUGACCGGCGCCGCUCCUCGCCCGAGCGGCACGGCGGGGCCCCGGCCCUUCGCCGCCACGGCCGCCCAAAGUGCCUGCCCGUAGGGCGGCCCCGCCGCCUCUGCGCACACCCUCCGCACGCCGGCCCCGCAUCCGCCACUCCCUGCCCCCCAUCCUCCUCCUCCUCCUCCUCCUCCUCCUCCUCCUCCUCCUCCUUCUCCUUCCCCGCACCGUCCCGUCCGCCUCCGGCAUGGCGCAGGGCGCGCCGCGGGCCGCAGCGCCGGGGCUGCGGCUGUGCUGUGCUGUCCAUGCCGGGCGGCCGCUGGAGCUGUUCUGCGAGGACUGCGGGAGCUGCGUGUGCGCUCUGUGCCCGGCGCUGGGCGCGCACCGCGGACACCGAGCCUGCCUCCUGCCGCACGCCGUGUGCCGCACGCAGGAAAGCAUGGCAUUGUGCUUGAAGAAUCUAGAAGAGAGAAAAGAGCAAGAAGCUGGUAACAGAAGGAGAAUACAGCAGGCCAUAAAUGAUGCGAAGGCACAUGCUGAUAUCAUCAAAUGGCAGCUGUCAGAAAAAAUUACUGAGCUUCAGUUACUUCUUCGUGAAGAAGAGAGUCUGGCAAAAAACUUCAUUGAUGAAAAGACUCAGCAAGGCCUGGGAGCACAUGACCAGCAUUUGAGGUCCUGUGAACAACAGCUUGCAGCCCUAGAGACCUUCACACAUCGAAUCAAACAAAUACAGCAGGACAGUGAUCCUAUUCAUUUGCUGGAGAAGUACACAGAAAUUGAGAAGGAAAUGAAGGAGUCCAGGCGCCUGUUAGAAGAGUGGCAUCCAGUACCUCUCUCAUUUGAACACUUACUUAAUCAUUAUAAACACUUCAUUGGAGUUCUUCAGUCCAUUCUACAGAAACCAUUGGAAGCCCGGCUUAAAGAAGACAUUUUCAGUAGCCUUAAUCCCACUGCAAUGAAGGAGCCUGGGACAGUGCUGAAAACCAUGACUCCUAUUGAUCGGUUGCUUUUCUUAAAACAUGCAAGAUCACCAACCUGGGAAUAUGACAGCAUUCACCCAAGACUGAAAUUGUCUGACGACCGUCUUGAAGUAAGCUGUAGCUGGAGGAGAAUAUUUUACCCCUGUAGUCCCCAGAGAUUUGACAAAUUAUGGCAAGUGCUAAGCAGAGACGCAUUCCUUUCCGGGAGCCAUUACUGGGAAGUUGACCUGCUUCAUGCUGGAGCAGGAUGGUGGAUUGGCGCAGCCUACUCUACCAUUGGCAGGAAAGGAGACUCUGAAGCCUGUCGACUGGGCUGGAAUAGAGCAUCUUGGUGCCUUAAGAAGUUUGAUAUUGAGUACUGGGCAUUUCACAAGGGAGAGAGAAUCCCCAUCCUGAUACAAGAUGAUCCUGAUUGCAUUGGCAUUUUUCUAAAUUAUGAAGCAGGAAUUCUUUCAUUCUACAAUGUUAGUGAUGGUAUGGCUCAUUUGCACACCUUCCACUGCAAGUUCACAGAACCAGUUUAUCCAGCCCUGAGACUCUGGGAAGGGUCCAUUAGAACAUGCAAACUAACGUGAGAAACAAAGUGAAAUAAAGCCUAUUUCAUGCUUUUUCUGUUAGUGCCACUUCGACAAUUAUCUACAUGAAUUCUUCUCUGUUGUAUCAAAGUUGUAAUUUUGAUGCUUUAAGAAGAUAAUGUAAAUUCAGGAAAAGCACCUGUGAUUUUUAAUGUGUUUUUUUUGUUUUUUUUUUUAAUGAGGGAAGGUGAUUUGACUUUUAUAAAUGAUGUUGAUGUGCCACUCAAAGUACUGUACGUACUAUAACUAUACUUUUUCCAAUUUGUAACAGUAAGUUCAAGAAAAACAACUGUAUUUUUUAAUGUGUAUGUAUUUUUCAGUGGGGGAAGAUGAUUUGACUUAUAAAUGGUGUUGCUGUACCACCUGAAGUGCUGUAUGUAGUAUUUUUUGACUUGCAAAAUGGAAGAAGUCAGGUUGAAAGAAACGUCUUACAACUGAGACUGGAACCUGGAUAUUGACUUUUAGAAAUUUUUUUAAAUGAACUCACUCUCCUCAUUGGCCUGGAAAGACUGCAAUCGUGUAUGGCAAGAGGUUUAGUUUGGUUCAAGCUUUGAGAUUAUAUAGUGCAUAUUGUUAUCAUUGACAAGGUCAAAUUUGGAUAAUAAAUGAAUUAAGUGCAUUAGCUCAUAUUUCAGUGUCAUCUUGGAAAGAUCAAAGACUCUUGGAAAGGUCUCUUGUGAAGCUGGAGCUUCUGUGGCCACAUUUAAUAGUUAGUAGCUGGUCUUACAUGUGACAGAAACUCUGAAUUGGACUUCUGGAUGACCCUGUUCUUCCCACUUAAGUGGAAGCAUGAGAAACAGCUGUGUAGAGAGGAUGAGAGCUCCUAACAGAGGAUGAAAUGUCUGCAAGGCUCAGAGGUGCAAUAAAAUCACCAGGCUAGAGGUGCAUUUGUGGCCUGUUUAGCCUUGUGUCUAAUUUGCAACAUUCGCAUAAAACUAGGAGACACAGCUUGCAAGUUUCUGUAUAUGGAUAUUUCUCCCCCCACCAAUACAUUAAUUAAAAUCCUGGGAAUUUCUGGAGUCUUUGCUUACAGCAGUCUCCAGGACCAGCCCAGUUAAGAGUGAAAAAACACUGCUACUUGAA